AUGUCCAGAAUGUCAGGUUGUGAAAUCACUGAGAGAGGCUGUGCUUCUUUGGUCUCCGCUCUGAAGUCAAACUCCUCACAUCUGAAAAAACUGGAUCUGAGUAACAACGACCUGAAGGAUACGGGAGUGGAGCAGCUUUCUACUUUGCUGAAGGAUCCACAAUGUAGACUGGAGACCCUGAGGCUGUCAGGCUGUCUGGUCACUGAGGAAGGCUGUGCUUCUCUGGUCUCAGCUCUGAAGUCAAACCCCUCACAUCUGAAAGAACUGGAUCUGAGCUACAAUCACCCAGGAGACUCAGGAGUCAGACUGCUCUCUGCUUUACUGGAGGAUCCACACUGGAGACUGGAGAAACUCAAUAUGGAUCAUGGUGGAGAGUGGAGGUUGACAUCAGGAAUGAAGAGAUAUGUCUGUGAUCUCACACUGGACCUAAACACAGUACACAGAAACCUCUCUCUGUCUGAGGAGAACAGAAAGGUGACAAGGAGGGAAGAGGAGCAGCCAUAUCCUGAUCACCCAGAGAGAUUUGAGCACAGGUCACAGGUGUUGUGUAGAGAGGGUCUGUCUGGACGCUGUUACUGGGAGGUAGAGUGGAGUGGGAAAUGGGCUCGGAUAGGAGUAACAUAUAAAGGAAUCAACAGGACAGGAUGGGGUGAUGACUGUUGGCUUGGACACAAUGACAAGUCCUGGAGUCUGAACUGUGAUGGUAACAGUUACUCUGUCCUCCACAAUAACCAGAAAACUGUCCUACCUGUCACCUCUUCAGACUCCCACAGAGUAGGAGUGUAUCUGGAAUGGCAAGCCGCCACCCUGUCCUUCUACAAGGUCUGCCCUAAUACACUGAUCCACCUGCACACAUUCAACACCACAUUCACUGAGCCCCUCUAUCCAGGGUUUUAUGUUUAUGUUGGCUCCUCAGGAGGGUAUUAG